CCCCCCCCGGGUCCCUGGGUCCGGCGGCGGCGCCGCUCCCGCUGCGGCCCCGGCCGUGGUUGUGGCUGUUCCUCUUUGCCAAGGCUGUGUCUCAUCCCUGGAAGAAGAUUUUUGACAAAAAGUUCGGCUGGAGGCGGAAGGGAGUAGGAGGGGUUUGCUUUGAAGUCAGAGCCAAAGCGGAGCAGAAAUGGGUCUGCUUUCAGAAGAUGAGAUGCACUAGAUGUGGUGCUUAGUCAUGGCAUCAGAACUGUGUAAAACAAUCUCUGAGGCAAAGCUGGAAAGGCACAAGAACUUGUUCUUAAAUUACCGAAACCUCCAUCACUUCCCUCUGGAGCUGCUGAAGGAUGAGGGGCUGCAGUACUUGGAGAGACUUUACAUGAAAAGAAAUUCCCUGACCACAUUGCCAGAAAACCUUGCACAGAAGCUUCCAAACCUCGUGGAAUUGUACCUCCAUUCAAAUAACAUAGUUGUUGUACCUGAAGCCAUUGGCUCCCUGGUUAAGCUGCAGUUUCUGGACCUCAGUGACAAUGCCCUGGAAAUCGUGUGUCCGGAGAUCGGCCGCCUCAGGUCCCUGCGGCACCUCCGCCUGGCCAACAACCAGCUCAAGUAUUUGCCUGCAGAGGUUGGAGACCUGAGGGAGCUGCAGACCCUGGACAUCUCCACGAACAGGCUGAUGACUUUACCUGAGAGGCUGCACAUGUGCCUGUCCCUGCAGUACCUGACUGCAGACAGGAACCACCUGUGGUACGUGCCCCGCCACCUGUGCCAGCUGCCCAGCCUCAACGAGCUCUCCAUGGCUGGAAACCGCCUGGCAUUCCUGCCCCUGGAUUUAGGUCGUUCUCGAGAGCUUCAGUAUGUUUAUGUGGAUAACAAUAUUCACCUGAAAGGCCUCCCAUCCUAUCUGUAUAAUAAAGUCAUUGGUUGCAGUGGUUGUGGUUCUCCAAUUCAAGUUUCAGAGGUGAAACUGCUCUCUUUUUCAUCAGGCCAGUUAACUGUGUUCCUGCCAGCAGAGGUGAAAUCUAUAGGGACAGAAACAGAUCAUGUGCUGCCUUUGCAAGAACUGGCCAUGAGGACCCUCUAUAACACCUACUACAGGUUUUUGAAAGAUUUGAACUUUCUGACUCCAAUCUCACUGCCCAAAAGCCUCUUGGAAUUGCUGCACUGUCCCCUGGGACACUGCCACCGCUGCAGCCAGCCUAUGUUUACCAUUGUCUACCCAAAGCUCUUCCCCUUGAGGGAAACUCCAAUGGCAGGAUUGCAUCAAGGGAGGACAACUGUUAGUUUUGUGGCAUACUGCUGCUCCACCCAGUGUCUGCAGACUUUUGACCUACUGAGUUGAUAAACAUUUCAAACCACUCAGGAGUGCUGCCAGUGUAAAGCUGCAUUAGAUGUCAUAUCCAUUGGUACUGGAAUACCCUGUGUGUGCUCGUGUGCCAAAGCAGCAGAAGUGCCCAGUCAGGAACACUCUGAGGCACUUGAGUCCUGCCCUAUCGAAUUUGGAUGAGCUGCGGGAACUUUUCAGAGGUGUAAAUACCAAGCUUUUAAAAGUAUUAACUUCUCUCUCUCCUCCAAGGCAGCACACAAACCAAACACAUUCACAAGCUCUGACUUCAGGAUUUCCAGUAUUUUUCAAAUGUGUCUGUCUUCAGGUUGACCCAUUGCAUCAUUUGGGGCAGUUUCAUUCCUCCAACGGGGGAAAAAAAAAAGGUUUAGUUUAUGGCAAAUAAGUUUUCAGUUACUCAUCCCCUUCCUCUUCACCUCUGCAGCCAGAAUCAGGUGUACAGCUCUAAACCUACAGAAACCUUUGAUGGAUCCCAGUGACUUUUCCAUAGAAUUCAGCUUUAUUUCCUCCCUCUCGUCUUAAUAUUUCCCCCAGCAGAUCUAUCCCAGUUGUGUGCCACGACUUUGACAGUUAUCUGUGGUAUUUAAAUCCACAUGCUAAAAGCAGAUCUUUCUUUCCAGCAUCAUUAAAUGCCACACUGAUUUAAUUGGAGUAACCAGGAUAUGUCUGGAGACUGAAGAUGCUGUUUCAGUGAAGGCUGGUCCUGGUGCCUACACUAAGGGCUCUUGCUCCAGCCUGUUUGAGGAUUGCUUUCUUUAGUUUCAGUGCUUGAAUUUUAUAUUUUUUAAAAACAGUUCCCCUUUUGUUUCUUUAAAUUCUUCAGGAAGAAGAUGACUUUUAAGUAGCAAUUUCCCUUGGAAAAAAAAAAACACCCUAAUAAUAUGAUAGUAAAUAUUUAUAUUUAUUAUAUUUUUACGGUUGCAGAGUAUUGAUCUGCAAAGAGCUGGUCUUGAUACCUUUUUCUAGAUUCAGCAUUUGGCUGAUUUGUCCAAGUGUGUCAGUGGAGUGUGUGCCUUGGAGAAGGCUGGAAAUCCAGGGGCAGGUGUGUAUCUCCAUGCACAGGGAUAAUACAGAGAUAUCUGCUCAGAAGGGCUCUAACACUUGUUUUCAUGUACGAAUGGCAGAUUUGGUGCAAAUUCCCACUCACUGUCACAUUUGUGGGAAUCCUUCUUUGUUAGAUCUUGUUCAUUUUAAAUAUAGAACAAAGGCUGGAGAAAAAGGCCCAAAUUGCCUACAUGACUUAAAAUUUUGAUUUUAUACUGAAACGGUUUAUAGAAAAUUAGCCCCUCUUGACUUGUUUUUGAAUAUAUAAUAUUUUUUUAAUAUCAUGUGUUGGGCUUUUUUUUUUUUUUUACCUUCUAUUUCUUAGGUAUAAACUACUUGUUGAUUUAGCACAGUGUGCUACUCUGUGCAGUAGGUAGUUACAAGCUGAAAUAGAUAUGAAUGAAACAGUUUGUUAUAAAAAUGGCAAGAUAAAGAGACUUAUUUGGUAGGGUAUUAGCAUAUGUUGUGGUGAGGUGUGCGUACUUUGAAGGCAGGAGGCAUUAAAAUGUUUUCCUUUUGCCAAAGAAGCAUUUGUUCCCUCUGCAGGCUUCCUGGCAUCUCUUCAAUAAAUAGAGCAUCUUAAGAGCUUAAAAGUGUACCAAAAAGGCAGUUUUGAGGGUGGAAUUUUUAGGUUGUGCAUGUUACUUGUAAAAUCUUUGCUGGUUUUAUUGGGUUGGUUUUAGAGAGUUGAAUUAGCAUUAAGAAAUGUAGAACUUAAUCCUUCAGGAAUGCAAGUAUCAUCUACUGUUUAAGAGUUGUGAAACUUUCUAAAAUAAAUCCCAUUUAUUAAAUCUGCUUUGCAGCAGAGGCAAGAGCCAUGUCCAAGCAGCCUUGGUGCUAUUGGAUUUCUGACUGUGUUUGGAUGUGGGUCUCCCAACAGACCUGCCCACCCCACAGGGUUCACUGCUGAGGCAGCAAAAAAUCCAUCCUCAGCUUUUUCCUUUUCCUGCAGUACCACAGAGCUGAGAUGGAGAUUGCCCAGGUACAAUUAUACCUGUGUCACAAAUGUGCAAGUGCAGGACAGAAUCCACUUGUCUUAAACAGGUGAUAAGAGAACUAUGGUAGUGUUACAACUAUUAAUUUUGAUACAAUACUCUUGAUAGGGAUUUUUCAGUAUUAUUUUUGCUGUGGCUUUCUCUGUCUACGAAGGAGAUGUUAUCUUGGAAGUUUUUAUAGCAAGUUACAGACUUUAAAUCACAGUUUAUAUCACAAUUCAGUCUGCAAAUAUUGUUUUGGAGUUAAAUCUCGUGAUCACCCAAAAGGCAUUAGUGUUUGUUUUAUCAGGAGUCAGAUAGGAAGAGUGGACCUUGAUUUUAUUAUUAUUGCUAUUAUCAUUAUUUAUUUAUUAUUUUCUUUCUUCUACC